CAACAAAAUCAAUGUGUGUGUGUUAUUGCGUCUGAGUGCGUGAAUACGCGUUGUGGUGGACAUGGGCACAAUGUGGCGGAAGGCGCUGCUUCGCAGCCUGCUGCUGUUGGCCAUCUUGGCAUUGCUGGUGUUGGUCGCGUGGCUCCCUCAGGGUGACGUGGCAGACUGUGGCUCCACCUUCUUUCCGUGUGUGGCGACGUACUGGAAAAGGCCUCCAGUGGUGGCCAAGGAGGAGUUGGCCCCGCCUCUCAUCCACGAGUGCCCUGAUCAAUUGUUUCAGACAUGGCGUCUGCUGCACCUUUUGACAUUGAGUGUUAGCGUUGGCAACGACAUCCUGCUGGAGCCGUACCUGCAGAGCUGGGAUCAGCUAAUCAUUUUCAUGGAGUCCUUGGGACCAGUGGUUAACUUCUUCUCUCAGAAGGUCAGUGAUAAGGUGGCGCUGAUCCGGCAGCUGGCUCGCCAACACCAGGAGCGUGGACCGGAGAGCGGGGCGUACCGCUCGGUGCGCUCCAUGGUAAAGGUGGAGCUAAAGGAAGGGGUGGUCCACUUUUCGCGCCACACGGAUUCGGGCUGCAGGACGCUGCUGCGUUUGCAUAGGUCGUUGCUGUGGCUCACCAUGACACUGGACGGACUGACGCACACGCCAGACGCCCUUGGGCGCCUCAAGACACCGGGCGAGCUCAGCAGGGAGGCCUACCAAGCAGCGCUGGCCCCCCAUCACCCAUGGAUGCUGCGACAAGCUGCCGAGUUUGUCUUCCUUGCCCUACCCGACAGGGAGCAUUUCUUGCGGCUGGUGUGCGUGCAGAGCCAGCAGGAGGCGGAGCCCGUCCUGCGCGUCAUCAUCCGCACUUUACAGCUGGUCUACAGCAGAACUCAGCGGAUUCUAGAACAGAACGGAAUGCUGGAGCUGCCAUAAAGGCGUCCAGGUCACAUGACCUACAAACGACAACAGGCACACGGAGCAAAUUGACUCUGAGUCCUCCAGGAUCCGUUUGGGUCACAUGAGUUUCUUCAAGCUCUCCUGUUGUUCAUUUGCACUCAAUGAAUAGAGCUGAUUAGCCAAUAUAUUACUAUUAUCAUUAUCACAAAUUACGCACCCAUUUAAAAACUUAGGAAGGUCGGUUUUUUAUACUCCAAACACAGAUGUCAAACUCAAAUCCACGGUACCAGAUCUGGCCCGCCAUGUUGUUUUAUGUGGCCCGUGAAAGCCUGGAAAUAAUGUGCGUCAAUAAAGUACUUUAUCUUUCUUACUAAAUGUAAUUUCAAUUGAAUUGCAUGUGAUGCAUACUUAUUAUUUGAUCAUGGAACAAGCAUUAUAUUGGUAGGGUCCCAAAUAUCAACUGGUCGGUCGUGAUCGACGGGUUGGCGACCCCUGCUCUAUACAGUAUACUGUAAUACAGUGGCGGGCCGUACGUUGCCCACCUAGGCCUUCAGUAACUUCAAUGAUUACCUCUCAAAAUAUAAUUGAUGUCACCACAUGACCAUUGCUGGAGAAAUACUAUACAGAAACACAUUUACGCACCACUGGGCAAUGUACAAAACAGGUUAUUUUCUGGCGCAUUUAAAAAGCAAUAAACCCACAUCAGCAAUUAAAACAUAUCUUGUGUGGUAUUGUCAAUAUGAAAAUUGCAAAAAACAUAUUAAACGUGAAAAAAUAAAGAAAUAAAAUAUCUGAACUCACAUUUCAUCGCCGGGACAGCUGAGCUCCCUUCCGUGCGCGGCCGACAUCGUCUCACAAGAUGUAGUUUCUCUUAAAAUAUCCUUCUUGAAAAUGGCCUUGCAAAUAUAUGUGUUGUCUUGUCUAAUUAUAAAAAAUGCGGAUGAGGCGUGUUGGCUGAGUUCUUAAAGUUUACUCCACAUUGUGCUCAUCGAUAACAUCAAGCUGCCGGCAUUUCUACCUAAACCGGGCUACUGCGCAUGCUCUUCACUACUGUGGCAUGCUGGGUAAUGGAGUUAUAUAUAUAUAUCUGCCUUAGCCCUUAGGCCAACUAGAAGGCCUUACUGACAACAACUAGUGAUCAGUUUGGCUAUCGCAACUGUCUGUCAACUAUGUCCCCGUUCACUUACAGUGCACGGACGCCCGCAUUGCUGAAUCUGAAGGCCCUGCCAGAUUUCGAACAGCAUGGCAACAUAAGCUAGCUGAAUUCUGAUUGGAUAAAAACUCUAUAACCUAAAAACAACAGCACUGAAAGGAGCAUAAUAUGACAUGAAGAGAAUAUGAAUACUUUUAGAUAUUUAGGGAAAGUAAAUAAAAAAAGAUUUUUAUCUUUAAUUAUGAUCAUGAUUUCUGGUUAUGUUAGGCCAGCAGAGAAGGCCUUGCUGGCCCUGACGGCACACCACUGCUGUAUUAUGCCUCUAACAGUUCUUAAAAGCACAUCAAGAAACAUCUACAGGUAUAGUGUAAAGUUGUGUAUACCGGUACUUUGAAGAAUGCCAAGUUUGUCAAAGCAUUUUUCCGCCGGAAAAUGUUGAGUAAAUUGACAGCGACCUCGGCUGGAUUCAAAGCUGCAGCACGUUUUGCCCCUGCAGAGAGCGCCAUCAAUCCACUUUCAACUUAAAAGGGAAAUGCACAUUUUUUUUUGAGUUUAGCCUAUCAUUCACAAUCAUCAUGACGAAAUAUGGAUUUUUU